AUGUUCAUUGCUGCCAAAUAUGAAGAAAUUCACCCAAUGAAAUUAUCUGUUGUUUAUGAGAAAAUAGCUCAUAAAAAAUUAACAACUGAUCAAAUUAAAAAGAAAGAGAGUGACAUUCUCUAAACUAUUGGAUUUGAUCUAGUUGGGGGAACACUAUUUGACAUCUUGCUUGAGAAAAAUUACAAAUAUUUAAAAAAACUAUGUUUGUAUCUUUCCAAAAUGGUUUUGUUUGAUUAUGAGAUUUGCGGCAAGUAUAAUUAUACUUUAUUGGCUGCUGCUUUAAUUUUUGUUGCAUUUAAAAUAGUUGAACAAUUAGAUACUACUUUCAAUGCUGAUAGUUAAAUUAAGGAUGUUGCUUAAAUUAUUUAAGUUGAUCAAGAUUAGUUAGUAGAAGUUGCAGCAAAAAUCUUGAAUUUGGCUAAAAACUUUGAGAAACACUUUCCCAAUUUAGAAAAUUUAAAAAAAUUUAAUGGAUUUUAGUUAGAAGAUGAUGAAUAAUGA